CUCGUUGCACGCAUGCGCGCCGUUCUGCGCCGCGCGCAGCCCGCACUGGCCAACGAAACCUUGCAGUUCGACGAUCUGGAGAUGGAUUUGGCGGCCCAUCGGGUUCGCCGCGGACCGCGCGACGUCCAUCUGGGCCCGACCGAGUUCCGCCUUCUGCGCUACCUGAUGCAGCAUCCCGGUCGGGUCUUCAGCCGGGAACAGUUGCUCGACGCCGUCUGGGGCCGUGACGUCUACGUGGAGCCACGCACGGUGGACGUGCACAUUCGCCGACUGCGCAAGGCUCUCAAUAUCGACGACGAGGCGGACCUCAUUCGGACGGUCCGUUCGGCCGGUUACGCCCUCGACCGGGCUCAGGCCGAGGUUUUCGAACUGCCGUUCGCGCAGGCACGCGACGUCGAGCGCUUCACGCCGAAAUCAAGCGACCGUUUUGCGGUGCCCGACCGUAGCGCCUACGACGACGGCAACGUCUUCGCACGUAUCAUCCGCGGAGAGAUUCCCUGCGACAAGGUCGCUGAAAGCGCCCACAGCCUGGCGUUUCGGGAUAUCGAUCCGCAGACCCCGACUCAUGUUCUGGUGAUUCCGAAGGGCGCCUACGUCUCGUCCGACGACUUCUCGGCUCAAGCCAGCGAUGCCGAGAUCGCCGACUUCUUCCGACUGCUCGGUCAGGUCGCACGGACCCUCGGGGCGGUCGAACCGGGAUACCGCAUCGUUGCCAACCAUGGCGCCGACGCACACCAGGAAGUCCCGCACUUCCAUAUGCAUGUUUUCGCCGGCACCGAUCUCGGGCGUAUGAUCAAGCCGGUCGAAAAGCAAACCUGA